UAGCAGCAUUCUGGAAGAAGAAUGUUGAAAUUCAAGUUUCUGUUUCUGAUUUUGAUUCUAACGUUUUUAGUGCCCGUGUCACUGUCUAAGUUUGAAGCCAUAGAACCUUUGCUUCGGCGUUUGGAUUCCAAAAGGGCAUCUUCAUCGGUGCAAGAAGCAGCAGCUCGUGGUGUUCUGAAAAGACUGCUUCCUACCCAUUUGUCCAGUUUUGAGUUCAGUAUAGUUUCUAAGGAUGCCUGUGGUGGAGACAGUUGCUUUCUGAUAAACAAUCACAAGAAUGCAAGUCAGAGUGGGCCUGAGAUUAUCAUUGGAGGAACCACAGCUGUUGAGAUUGCAUCUGGCCUCCAUUGGUAUCUUAAGUAUUGGUGUGGUGCUCAUGUCUCAUGGGACAAGACAGGUGGCAUUCAGACAGCUUCAAUACCUAAGCCUGGGUCACUACCCCGUUUGAAAGAUGAGGGUCUGAAGAUUAAACGCCCAGUUCCAUGGAACUAUUACCAAAAUGUUGUGACUUCUAGUUAUUCAUAUGUUUGGUGGGACUGGGAAAGGUGGGAAAAAGAGGUUGACUGGAUGGCACUUCAGGGUGUGAACCUGCCCUUGGCAUUUACUGGGCAGGAAGCAAUCUGGCAAAAAGUUUUUAAGGAUUUUAACAUUAGUUCAGAAGAUUUGAAAAAUUUAUUCGGUGGACCUGCUUUCCUUGCUUGGGCUCGCAUGGGAAACUUACAUGGCUGGGGUGGGCCUUUAUCUCAAAAUUGGUUAGAUCAACAGUUGGUCUUACAGAAACGGAUACUCUCGCGAAUGCUAGAGCUAGGGAUGACUCCAGUGUUGCCAGCCUUCUCUGGGAAUGUUCCAGCUGCUUUGACAAAGAUAUUCCCCUCAGCAAAAAUAACUAGACUUGGUGACUGGAACACUGUUGACGCUGAUCCUCGCUGGUGCUGUACAUACCUUCUUGAUCCCUCUGAUCCUCUAUUUGUUGAAAUUGGGGAAGCUUUUAUCAGGAAACAAAUCAAAGAAUAUGGGGAUGUAACAGACAUUUACAACUGUGACACGUUUAACGAAAACUCCCCACCUAAGAGUGAUCCAUCCUAUAUAUCAGCUCUUGGAGCGGCAGUAUAUAAAGGCAUUUCCGAAGGUGACAAGGACGCUGUGUGGUUAAUGCAAGGCUGGCUUUUCUACUCUGAUUCAUCAUUUUGGAAGCCACCUCAAAUGAAAGCACUUUUACAUUCUGUUCCAUCGGGAAAGAUGAUUGUUCUUGAUCUAUUUGCUGAUGUAAAACCAAUAUGGAAAGCUUCCUUUCAGUUUUAUGGUACUCCUUAUAUUUGGUGCAUGCUACAUAAUUUUGGUGGUAAUAUUGAAAUGUAUGGUACUUUGGAUGCAAUUUCUUCAGGGCCUGUUGAUGCUCGUAUCAGUGCAAACUCAACAAUGAUAGGUGUCGGUAUGUGUAUGGAAGGAAUAGAGCACAAUCCUGUUGUUUAUGAGCUGAUGUCUGAAAUGGCUUUUCGUGAUGAGAAAGUUCAAGUUCUGGAAUGGCUCAAGAGUUAUUCCCAUAGACGAUAUGGUAAAGCAGUUCAUCAAGUUGAGGCAGCUUGGGAGAUUCUUUAUCAUACAGUUUAUGAUUGUACUGACGGAAUUGCUGAUCAUAACAAAGAUUUUAUAGUAAUGCUUCCGGACUGGGAUCCAUCAACCAAUUUUAAAUCUGGCAUAUCAAACCAACAGAAGAAGAUUUACUUCUUGCCACCUGGAAAUAGAAGAUACUUCUUCCAGGAAACAUCAUCUGAUAUGCCUCAGGCUCAUUUGUGGUAUCCCCCUGAAGACGUAAUCGAGGCAUUACAACUAUUCCUCACAGGUGGGAAGAAUCUUGCUGCCGGAAGUCUCACAUAUAGGUAAUGUAUUGAACUUAGUAUAUGCUAUUUCAUUAUGCAUUAAUCACUUUUCAAUUAUCAUGAACUACAUUAUCCAUGUGAAAUUGAUCUUUGUAAUAAAUCACUUAUUUUCUGGUUAAAUUUCAGCCU